AGCCGUAUCGCACAGCUUGAGGAAAGGUGCAGCCUGUUGUCAGCUCAAGCCAAGAGUAAUCCCUCUUUUCUCUGUGGAUUUGUUCUGUUUUGUUUUCGCCUCGAGAUCUGCUAGUGUGUUUGAUUUUUUUUUUCAAGAAGAAGACACCGUCAUGUCCUUCCGUUACACCAACAACCUCGUGGCGACGCUGAAGCACCGCCUCUUUCUCGAGGUGGCGCAUCGCCAGCUCGUGCGCCAAACCUUCACCGGCGUGUGCAGCGGCGUCGAAGUCACCUGCUCCGCCUACGGCACCGUCGUACGCAUCCGCAUGCUGGAUAAAGCGGUGUGGGAGCCGCAGUACCGUCUGUCAGACAGCAGCAGCGAAGGGCCGGGCGCCGCCUCUUCCCCGGACUCUACGACCACUGCGUCAGCGGCGCGGAAGGGGAUCGACUUGGUGAGGCUGUCCGCCAGCAUCCAGGCCGCCACCUGGCAGGCUAUUCACAAACUGCGCGCAGCGAAGGAGGCCGCGCACGCGCAGUCGUUGCGGCACAACCCGCAGCUCCGCGCCGCGGCGAACUUGCGCGACUGGUACGAACAGGACGCCAACACGCUGCACCCGCGUCCCUGCGACGGGCUGAAGAGCCUGCACGCAACGGCCUGGAUGCAGGCUGUUCGGUACGGCGUGCCGCAGCCGGCGCGUUUCUUGUCCGCGCGAGAGACGCCGGAGCACAAGAACGCAGCCGUCAUGGGUGCGGGCGAGGCCCCGGCGACGAUGACGGCCCUGUCGGAGCGGGACUGCGACCCGGCGAACAUACCCAUCGGUGCCGCCCAUCCCCUCUUUACGCCGGGGCUCGUGCAACUUGAGCUGGACCCCGCCAUCGACGCGGCGGCGACGACGCACGAGGGCGACGGCUCGCGUGUGGACGCGGCGUACGUGCUGAGCGAGCAGCGAAAAGAGAUGCGCGGCAACGAGGAGGUGUUCUGGGAGCGGGUAGAGCUGAUCCGGCGUAGUCAGCUCGCGGCGAUUCCGAAUGGAGUGAAGCGCAACUAUGCGGACGUGGCGGCGACGCUGCAAGACCACACGGAGGAGAAGGUGCAGCUGCGCUUUACGCAGUAG